AUGGUCAACAAAGGCUGGCUUUUGUGCAUUGGCCUUGCCAUGGUCUUCAUCGUUGAAGUCUCAUCUCAGGACUGUGGCCAACUUAGCACUUGGCUCCAACAAGCCAACCAGGCCAACCUGGAAGUUCUGAAAGGCAAGAUGGCAUCCACCAUUCCUCAACAGUGCCUUGACGAUGUCGUCAGCUUCUCUCCCAAAGAGAAUCUGAGAAAUAUUGAUAUCUCUGAAGAGGAGAAUGUUAAGGUGGCCAUCCAAGAAGUUCUCCAACAGACAGGUCACAUCUUUAAGCAGAACAAUACCGAAAUGCCAUGGGAUGAGGAUUCCUUGAGAGUUUUCCAUGCUGGACUGGAUCAGCAAAGUGAGAACCUGAAGAGCUGCUUGAGUGCAUCUCCAAGAAGUCAGAGGAUCCAGCUCACCAGGCUGAGAGUGAAAAGAUACUUUCGAAGCCUGAGUGACCUCCUGAAAGAGAAAGAGUACAGCUGGUGUGCCUGGGAGAUCAUCCAGAUCCAAGUCAAGGAAUGUUUCCUCUGGAUUGAGAAACUCAUUCAAAUGAUCUGA